AUGUUGGCGCAAAGAUGUUGCCUUCAACUGCUGAUCCUCCUCCUGUUGUUAAAGUUACCCACCGGUGUUCAGGAAAGGUCCCGAAAAUAUUACUGGAAUCCGAAAAUGAGGGAGAGAAAGUUCAAAAUGUUUGGAACCAGAAGGACUCAAAUACAACCGCUGUUGAUCAGUACAUGGAACUACACGGAUGCCAAUUUGCAAGCGUGGAGUGUUUUGCAGCAGGGAUCACGAAGGACUCGUCAGGCGGUGAUCCAAGGAUGUUUGGCCUGCCAAAGCCAGCGAUGUGGCCGCCUUUUGGCCGGGGGAGCUGCUCCAGAUGCGAAUGGAACCUUGACCCUGGAAGCUGCCAUCAUGGAUGGCUCAACCUUGAGAUACGGUGCAGUUGCUGGCAUGGAAGGAGUUCGCAAUGCCAUCCUCGUGGCAGAUGCAGUUAUAAGAUACACAAAACACUCGCUUUUGGUGGGCAAAAGCGCUACGAUAUUUGCCCGAUCCAUGGGCUACAAGGAGGAUUACCCUGAGAGUAUGAGCACCCAGAAGGUGUUGAAAAAAUGGAACUUAAACGCCUGUCAACCGAAUUUCUGGCGUGACGUGAACCCUUCUCCCAUGGAAAACUGUGGUUCAUACACACCCUUACCCCAGCAUCUGAUGAAGCAACCAUUGCACCCGGAAUAUCCCAUCGUACUGGGUCAACACGAUCAGCUGGCCUUUUUGGCCCUGGACGCAGAGGGUCAAUUCCAUGUGGCCAGCCAAUCGAGUGGCGCCCCCUUUCGGAUCCCCGGAAGGGUGGGGGAUUCGGCGGUGCCAGGUGCCGGGAUUUAUGCGGAUAAUGAGGUGGGUGCCGCGGUGGCCAGUGGCGAUGGAGAUGUCCUCAUGCGCCACCUGCCCGCCUUCCUGGCCGUCGAGGCGAUGAGAGGGGGUCAAAAGCCGGACAAGGCCGCCGAGAGGGUGGUGCAACGCCUGCUGAGACACAAUACCGAGUUCAAUGGGGCCGUGGUGGUGGUCAAUCGCAGGGGCAUCUAUGCCGCCGCCUGCGCAGGACUCGACGAGUUCCAUUUCGUGGUCAGUGGGGGCAGGGAGUAUCUCAGCAUGGCCCGGGUGGAGCGGAUCAAGUGUCUGGAGAGGCAGAGUGAAAUCGUGGAUGGCGGGCCCAAGGGACUGUUUCGUGGGAACCCCGAAAAGCAGGUGGUGCACAGGGCAGGGAUUAAGUUAAGGUAG